AAGCAUGCCACCCUCUUCAUUUUUGCAGUCACAAAUCACCCGAAAGCUUGCGAUUGAAAAGCGAUACGUCAGUGACAAUUAGCUCUACACCAAAAACGGUUAACCGAUAUCAUAUGAGAAAAAUAUUGAGAUGAUCGCUGAAGAAGUCGAGAUGUCAACAGCAGCUGAAGAACAGAAUGGUGAUCUUGAGGAUCGUCAACUUCCUGUCUCAUUUUGUGAAAAACGUCAUGUGGAGAAUAUCGAGGGGACAAAAUCCCAAGCACAGACUUGGAGAAUGAAGGAACGGAUGAAGACAGUCAGUGUGGCCCUGGUUCUCUGCUUGAAUGUUGGUGUUGACCCUCCAGAUGUCGUUAAGACUUCUCCAUGUGCGAGAUUGGAAUGUUGGAUUGAUCCUCUGUCAAUGAGUCCACAGAAGGCUCUAGAAACGAUUGGGGCUAGCUUACAAAAACAAUAUGAGAGAUGGCAGCCAAGGGCAAGAUACAAGCAGAGUUUGGACCCAACUGUGGAAGAAGUGAAAAAACUAUGCACCUCCCUGCGCAGAAAUGCUAAGGAAGAGAGAGUCCUUUUCCACUACACAGGACAUGGUGUCCCCAAACCAACUGUGAAUGGAGAGAUCUGGGUAUUCAACAAGAGUUACACCCAAUACAUCCCACUGUCAAUAUAUGAUCUCCAGACAUGGAUGUCUAGUCCGUCUAUCUAUGUCUAUGAUUGUUCAAAUGCCAGUAUCAUACUCGAGUCAUUCAAACAGUUCCAAGUUCAACGAGAGCAAGAAAUUGAGCUUGCAGCCAAAAACCGGUCAAACAGCCAAGACACGCCUUUGGUAUCCGUCAAGAACUGUAUCCAGCUUGCAGCAUGUGGUCCGAAUGAACUCCUCCCGAUGAACCCUGAACUUCCUGCUGACCUCUUCACAUCCUGUCUCACGACGCCCAUCAAAAUAGCUCUCAGGUGGUAUGUCCUCCAGAACAAGGGGAAACUUGUUCCAGCAGUGGACAUAGAGCUGAUUGACAAGAUUCCUGGCCAGCUUAAUGAUAGGCGAACCAUGUUAGGAGAACUAAACUGGAUCUUUACCGCUAUCACUGACACUAUAGCUUGGAAUACAUUGCCAAGAGAGCUGUUUCAGAAACUGUUCCGGCAGGACUUGUUGGUAGCUAGUCUAUUCCGCAACUUCCUUCUUGCCGAGCGCAUCAUGAGAUCAUACAACUGUACACCUCACUCGAGCCCGAAGCUGCCUCCAACCUAUCAGCAUCCCAUGUGGCAAGCAUGGGAUCUGACCCUCGACCUCUGUCUUUCACAAAUGCCAGGCAUACUGGAGGAAGGAGCAAGUUUCAAACACAGUCCAUUCUUCGCUGAGCAGUUAACAGCCUUCCAAGUGUGGGUGUCUUAUGGUUCAGAUGUUCGAAGUCCACCGGAGCAACUUCCAAUCGUACUGCAGGUGCUGCUCAGUCAAGUCCACCGAUUGAGAGCCUUGGAACUGUUGGGUCGAUUCCUUGACCUUGGACCAUGGGCUGUUAGUUUGGCCCUGUCUGUAGGCAUCUUCCCUUAUGUCCUCAAGUUACUCCAGAGUUCAGCAAGAGAAUUGAGAAAUCUACUCGUCUUUAUUUGGGCAAAGAUCAUGGCUGUGGACAGUUCAUGCCAGGCUGACCUGGUGAAAGAUAAUGGACACAAGUACUUCUUGUCAGUUCUCUCAGAUUCCUAUAUGCCAGCCGAGCAUCGGACGAUGGCUGCAUUUGUCCUCGCAAUGAUUGUCAACAACUAUAAAAUAGGACAGGAAGCGACUCUUCAGGGCAGCCUCAUCGCGACCUGCUUAGACCAGUUGACUGAUGAGCACGACUUACUGAGGCAGUGGCUUACAUUAUGUCUAGCAAAGGUUUGGACCAAGUUCGAUCCUGCCAAGUGGGUUGGCGUGCGGGACUGUGCCCAUGAGAAAAUGUACGAGUUAUUACAAGACAAUGUACCUGAGGUUCGGGCGUCUGCUGUCUUUGCUCUGGGUGCAUUUGUCAACAACAGUUCAGAACGAGGUGACCAUGCCAAUAACAUCGACCACAAUGUGGGAAUGAAUCUGAUAUCAGUCGUCAGCGAUGGAAGCCCUCUUGUCCGCCAGGAGCUAGUUGUUGCCUUGGCUGGACUUGUGGCACAAUUCGAGAACCAGUUUGCUGUCGUCGCCCACCAGUUCUUGGAGGAGGAACGGCAGCGCGACCAGAACAAUCCAAUGGUGGCAGCGGUGGCUCCAGGUGGGUGGAAUGUUGUCACUAACGCUCCCCUAGACGUAACAUUGAGUACUUUUACUUCCUCCGGCAUGCGUAGAAGCUCAUCUAAACCAAGUAUCAAAGGAAUGCUUUCACUGAGCCCUACCAAUCAGAUGCUUCUAACUAGUCCUGGUCUAAACUACAGCAGCGGCAGUGGAAGCAGUUUUGAAAGCUCUGGGAGCGGUACGGAAGCCACACCAGUACCGGUAUUCGAGCGGAUGAAACGUGUAGCAUCAACGUCAUCAAUUACGGGAAUGGUCGGCGGGAGCUAUGGAAACGUCUACACAGCUGUGUGGAAGGCGUUGUUACAGUUGGUUGUGGACCCGCACCCAAAAGUGGCCGACUUAGCCAAGACUCUUGUCAAUAGUAUCAAGCUGAAGGCGACUGUGUCCGCCAUUCCUAAGCAGGUUAUACAGCGGGAAUCAAACUCACACUCUGCCCCAUCUAGUCCUUCUAAUCGACCUGCUGUUGUUCUUCACUUAGGCGAGAGCCCUCCCCCUCGGAAUGACCAUGUGCCAGAACUCCGCAAAUUCCACAAGAAAACAAAUCUGGAUUCGAAAAUUGACAAAGACUUCCUGAAACCAGAAUUUCAUCCUGAGAUUCGGCGAGGUUCUUUACAGGUUUCAUCAGCCAAACCCUACCUCAACAACCAGAGACGAGGAUCUCAAGAUUCAAGGACCAGUGUGCCUGACGGGGCAUCCUUAGCGGAAGCUAUGCAAGCAAAUUCUGUCUUGCCUACUACAUACUCAACACAGUUCUCUCGCUCAAGGAAGUUAUUUGAUAAGGGGCCUAGUGUGGUUGCGGACGAAGAGCCACCUGUCUUACCCGACAAGAAUGCACUCCCCGUCUCCACUGAGCUAUUUGAAUGGUGCUGUAAAUACUUUGCUCAGCCAGUCAUGCGAGUCCCAGCAGACCAGGAUAUCGAGAGCGCCCGCUAUCAUGAGAAGGAGUUUGGAUUUCUACGGAAUGCUCAGGUCCGCAAGAGUGCAACAUAUGCCCAAGAUCGUGCUGGUUUUAGUCGUCUGGACGAUCAAGUGUUCAUCAACCGCAAUACAUGUGUGCCAACAGCUGUCAAGUUCCAUCCGUACGAGCCUUAUCUGGCCGUCUCCGAUAGGGAAGGCAUCAGUAUAUGGGAGCUUGGACAGGGAACGAGAAUAGACUAUUUUCAAAACCACAAUCCCAAACACAGUCGCAUUACCAUGUUGGAUUUCAUCAAUUCUCAUGAAAAGGCAAUGCUGCUGGUCGGAUCAGAUGAUGGUGCUGUACGGAUAUGGAAGGAUUACUGUAAAACAGGAGAGCGGCCAGAGCUGGUGACUUCAUGGCAAGCUCUCUCGGACAUGUUACCCUCAAAUAGAGGUUCAGGUCUAGUCGCCGACUGGGCCCAGCAGACCGGAUCACUGCUGGUGUCCGGUGACGUCAGGACUAUCAAAGUCUGGGAUACCCAGCGAGAAACGAAAAUUCAAGAUAUACCUACUGGUGCUGAUAGCUGUGUGACGAGCCUUGCAAGUGAUGCGGCUGGAAAAUCUCUCGUUAUAGCGGGCUGUGGGGAUGGAUCUGUACGCCUCUAUGAUAGGAGGCUGGCUCCUAACGAAUGUCGAGUGAUGACCCUGCGGGAACACAGUGGCUGGGUGAUAAACGUGCAUCUCCAGAGGGGUGUCAAUGGCAAGAUCAUUAGUGGAAGUGUUGGUGGUGAUAUACGCUUCUGGGAUCCCCGGUUUACGGAAUCGGUAAAAGUGAUCAACACAGCUCAGCACCUGACCUCGUUUCAAGUCCAUCCAUAUGCAGACGUACUUGCAUGUGGCUACCUCAACCAAGUCAUCAACGUGUUCAACCAAUCCGGAGAUAACCUCAGUACGAUCAAAUACCACGAGGGAUUCAUGGGUCAGAGGAUAGGACCCAUCAGCUGUAUGUCGUUCCACCCUUAUAAGGUGAAGUUAGCAGCUGGCAGUACCGAUGGGUUUAUAUCUGUCUACUCGACUCCGGACACAAGGAAGCGAUGACGUCUUGAAAAACCGUAGGAACUACACAAAGCUGUACAGAUUUCUGAGCAUGUAUUUAUUGGAUCUAAUGGUGCCAUGCUAGAGUUGUGAACUGAAAUAUUAAAGGGAGACUAUAGGCAGGCACCAGGUGGGCCUGAUUAGGUUGCCAAUAGGUGUCUGUCUGAUCCCACAGUAAACACUUUCAUUUUAGUCACUUUGAGGCCACAAAUUGGCCCCAUUCUCUCAGCCUUUAGUACCUCUUUAAGUAUAUCAGUUCAAAGUGAUGUUUUUUCGAGUGUUUGGCUUGCUGAUUGUAUGUAUAUGUUGUAAAAAUGUAAAUAAAUGCAUGAAAGGUGCUGCUCUGUUAGUGGAAUGUUUCGAGGUGUUAGGGAAGGAUGGCUCGUUGGGCAUUUUAGCAUUCGUUGGCAUUGGGACAAAAUGUGUGUGACCUCAUAUGUUAUGUUUGAUCAUGUUACUGGUAUACUUAAUGUGAAACUAUGUGUACAAAAUGUUAAUCAUUUUGGGCAUUCCUUAGGAAAAUUUGGAAAUUGUUGAGAAUGUCGUCUUGAAGGUUAACGUGUUGUUGUCUAGUUAUGUUGUGUUUGUGAUGUUUUCAUUAACAUUCAAUGAUCUACUAGAAAAUUGUGAACUUUGGAUGCAAUGUGACCAGUUUCAUACAACAAGACCAUCAGAAAGUCCGAGUAAGAGGUCAGUCUCUAAGUUUUAAAAGAAAGAGGGUGUCAUUAUCUGAAACAGUGAAAGCAAACAUUUUCCCAUUUCGUUCAAAAUUAUCUUUAUUUAGAUCCACAAAUUGUAGCCAUGACCUAAAGUAUCCAAGUUACAUAUUUUUAUCUAAGAGUUUAUGGUAGUGUAUGUAUUAUGUGUAUGUGCAGGGAAAUCUGUGUUCAAUACCAUUGGGAGCCCUGUCUUUCAAUGUUAUGUCAGAUCGUAGAGAGACCUCGAAAUGCUUGAUCCUUAUUCUUAUGUAAAAGAGUUGUACAUGGUGUAAAUAAAGAUUAACGA